AUGAGUCACUUCCAAGAAUAUAAUCACAUAUACACAGAUGCUUCAAAAACAGAAAAUGGAACUGCCGCAGCUUUUACCACCGCGUCUGGAUAUAACUCAUGCCACAAGCUCUCUAAGGCCUCCUCAGUUUUCUCGGGAGAACUAACUGCCAUCCUCAAAGCUUUAGAAUAUACAAGGUCCCACGACAAUGGAAAAACAGUUAUCAUUACAGAUUCCCUCAGCGCAAUGACCGCAAUAUCUCAACUCUAUCCCUCACAUCCGAUCCUCAUCCUUAUUAAAAAAGAACUCCAUCAUCUUCAACAACAGAAUAAAACGACUCACUUCGUAUGGGUACCAUCACACAUGGAUAUAAAGGGAAACGAAAUAGCCGAUCGAUUAGCUAGAGAUGCAACUGAUAUUGACGAACUUCACACAAUAACCAGAACUGCCAAAUCUGACCUCAAACAAAUAUUCAAAGAGAUGAUUAUCAAUGCGUGGCAAGCUGAAUGGAACCUCUCCAAAUCGAAAUUGGCCGAAGUAAAAAAGACCGUACUCCCUCGAAAAAUAUAUUCCUUGGAAAGAAAACAACAAACCAUAGUCACUAGACUACGCCUUGGACACACCCGCAUCACACACUCCCACCUGAUCGAUAAAACUCAAGAACCAACCUGCGAAAUAUGCCACUGCCCCCUAACAGUGAAACAUAUUUUAAUCGAGUGUGAAGCUUACAAUCGACAUCGAAAACUACAUGGAUUUCCGUCAACUCUUGCCGAACUCCUGAAGGAAGGUUGCAAUCCAUCCCAGCUUAUAGAUUAUCUAACUGAUAUUGGUUUAGUCAAUGAAAUUUAG